AUGACUCUUAAUUACAAUGCUAUUCCAUUUGAAAUGAAUAAUCAAUACCAAACGCGUAUGAAUUUCGAUUAUGGAUAUGAUAAUUACUAUCCACGAGUACAUAAUGAUGGACUUGUGUUGACAAAACCAAAACCAGAUUGGAAUCAAUUGAAUUUAGCCAAUUUUGAAAAGAAUUUUUAUAGUGAAUCAUCGAUUGUGCAAAACCGAUCGGUGGCAGAUAUUCAAAAUUUCUUGACAAACAACCGUAUCACAAUCGAUGGUCAUGCACCACGACCAAUUUUUAACUUCGAUGAAGCUAAUUUUCCUGAAGCAGUUAUGGAAACAAUUGCUCAGUGUGGAUUUCAAAAACCGACAUUGAUUCAAUCGUGCUCAUGGCCAAUCUUACUCUCGGGUCUCGAUCUUAUUGGUAUUGCUCUAACAGGCUCAGGAAAAACGUUGGCAUUCAUUUUACCGGCACUGAUUCAUGCAAGUCAUCAAGAAUUUGUUAAACCUGGCGAUGGUCCAAUCGUACUUGUUAUGGCGCCAACACGUGAACUCGUACAGCAAAUCUAUACAGUUGCUGAUCAAUUUGGAAGGUUAGCACAAUGUCGAACAACAGUGAUCUUUGGUGGAGCAGCAAAAGAGCCACAACGAAAUUGUCUAUUGUCGGGCAUUGAAGUCGUGAUUGGUACACCUGGUCGAUUGCUGGAUUUUAUUGAAGAGGGCACUUUAAAACUUGAUCGAAUCACAUAUCUUGUACUCGAUGAAGCUGAUCGAAUGCUUGAUAUGGGUUUUGAACCACAAAUUCGUCAAAUAUGUGAACGUAUACGCUCAGAUCGUCAAACGUCGAUGUUCAGUGCCACAUGGCCGAAAGAAGUCCGUCAAUUGGCCAAUCAAUUUUUAUCAACAAACCGUGUUCAUGUAACAAUUGGAAAUAUUGUUUUAGCAGCGAAUCCGAGUAUCUGUCAGAUAAUCGAAGUGUGUACAGAAGCUCAAAAGCAAAAUCGAUUUAUACAAUUACUGUACGAAAUUAUGCAGUCACGAGAUGCUAAAAUAUUGGUUUUUUGUCAAACAAAACGACGUGUCGAUGAAAUCUAUCGAAUGACCAAACAAAUGGGUUUUCCCGUCCUUUGUAUUCAUGGCGAUAAACAACAAUCACAACGUGAUUUUACCAUGGGUGAAUUUCGUCGUCGACGAAAAAUUAUUUUAAUUGCAACUGACGUAGCUGCUCGUGGUCUCGAUAUUCAAGAUAUUCAAUUUGUCAUCAAUAUCGACUUUCCAAAUCAAACGGAAGAUUACAUACAUCGUAUUGGUCGAACAGCACGAAACAAAGAAGCUAGUGGAACAUCCUAUACGUUCUUUACACCUGAGAACGCGAAACAAGCGCCAAGCUUAGUUCGAGUUUUACAAGAAGCUGGACAAAUUGUCAAUCGAGAUUUAAUGGAAAUAGCUGAAGAUCAACAACACAGCAUGAAUUCCAAACAAGGAUCAAAAAAUCGUCUUUAUAAUAAUCCAUUACGACCACCCGUUUAUCGCCAACAACAACAACAACAGCAGCAGCAGCAACAACCAGUCAAUCACUUUCCUACUUAUCCAAUUUAUCAGCCAAUUAGUUAUAUUCCAUCAUAUCCUCCAGCGGUGAACUAUGUUCCAUCUCUUAUCUACAAUUAA